AUCAUGUCUGGCCGCGGUAAAGGGGGAAAGGGUCUGGGAAAAGGGGGUGCUAAGAGGCACAGGAAGGUGCUGCGAGAUAAUAUUCAGGGCAUAACUAAGCCUGCUAUUCGCCGUUUGGCCCGGCGUGGAGGAGUUCAGCGCAUCUCUGGGCUGAUCUACGAGGAGACUCGUGGGGUGCUUAAGGUUUUCUUGGAAAAUGUCAUCCGGGAAGCCGUCACCUACACGGAACACGCCAAGAGGAAGACCGUCACUGCCAUGGAUGUUGUCUAUGCCCUCAAGCGCCAAGGUCGUACUCUCUACGGCUUCGGUGGCUAG